GCCACAGUUAUACGAGACCUUACUCACGAACAUUGUUACCUUUUGUCUCAUGGUUGUCUAGAUACGAGGUCGAAUCCCGCCUACAUAGUUUCCAAAAAUAGAUGGACCAAAACAACUCCUCAUGUACAGGUUGCUGGUCCCCAGGAUCCGUCGGUGAGGUGUCACGUAAAUGCCGUCAAGGGACCCCCAAAUACAACCAACUUCCUAGCUACAUUGAAUCUGUACCAUCUCACAUCACGCAGGAUGUCCUGCAAUUCCUGAAUUCUAAGCAUGCCGUCUUAAUACCGAAUGAUAGCGUUAGGCAAGCUCUAUGGACGGCAUAUUGGAAGCUGUGGAGAAAGAACCAGUUUGUUACUUUACCAAUGUGUCAUGCUCGUUGGUCAGGUGUUCCUCAUUGCAUACGAGGGUCCACGCUGCCAGUUUAGUGAUACCCAAGAAUUAUUCGCAAAAGUUCGAGCACUCUAUGACUUUGGCUGGGAGACGAG